AUGCUCAUUUCAUCCCCCACCCAACCCCGAUUAUCUUUGUCGGAGGUAAGAAUCAGUUUUACUCUGGCCUGUUUCAUCGCUAGGUAUCUUCACAAAAUCACCUCGUUACAGCUUAACUUCUUUUUUUUCUUUCAUUUUUUCCCUCCUUUCCCAGCUUGUUUUGCUUUUCUUUGCCUUCUCUCUCUCUCUCUCUCUCUCUCUCUUAGAUUACUUUUUAAUCUUUCCUUCUUUCUUCAUGAUUCCAGUCACAGUAAUUUUCUUUUUCUGUUCAUUCCUCUCCUUUUCUUACACUAUUCCGUCUUUUCUGCUUUCAGUCUCUCUUCCUUUUUUUCUUUUUCUCUAAGAUUAUUUCUUUUCUCGAUCCAUUUAAAUUUCUCUUCUUUUCUUAUACUGUUCUCUCUUCCCCUUCUUUCUUUCUUUCUUUCUUUCUUUCUUUCUUUCUUUCUUUCUUUCUUUCUUUUAAACUCUCUGUCUCUCUCUUCCUCUCAGAUUUUUUCCUUCCUUGAUCCAUUCUAUUUCUCUCUUUUACUUAAACCAUUCCGCCUUUCUCUACUUUCUUUCUUUCUUUCUUUCUUUCUUUCUUUCUUUCUUUCUUUUUCUUUUAUUUUUCUUUCUUUCAGAUUAUUUCUUUUCUUUUUAUUUUCUUUUUUCUUUUUUCGUCUUUUUCACUUUUCCCAUCUUUCUUUCUUUCUUUCUUUCUUUUCUUUUCUUUUUUAUUUUCAGAUUAUUUCUUUUCUUGAAAUAUUUAUUUUCUUUUUCUUACACUUUUCUUACACUUUUCGUUUUUUUUCUUUUCUUUUCUUUUCUUUUCUUUCUUUCUUUCUUUUUUAUUUUUCUUUUUCUUUCUCUCUUCUUUCUUUCAGAUUAUUUCUUUUCUUGAAAUAUUUAUUUUCUCUCCUUUUCUUACACUAUUUCGUCUUUUUCUUUCUUUCUUUCUUUCUUUCUUUCUUUCUUUCUUUCUUUCUUUAUUUCGCUUUUUAUUUUCACUCUCCCUUUCUUACUCUCUCUUUCAGAUUAUUUUUUCUUAUUCAUUUUCUUUUUUCUUUCACUAUUUCUUUUUUUUCUUUCUUUCUUUCUUUCUUUCUUUCUUUCUUUCUUUCUUUCUUUUUCAGAUUAUUUCCUUCUUCAAUCCAUUCAAUUUCUCUCCUUUUCUUACAUCAUUCUGUCUUUCUCUGUCUUCCUCUAUUUUUUCUUUAUUUCUCUUUUUCUCACUUUCGUUUUCUUCCUCUCUCUCUCUCUCUCUCUCUCUCUCUCUCUCUCUCUCCUUCUCAGACUAAUUCCUUUUUCGAUCCAUUCAAUUUCUCUCUUUUCCUUGGACUAUUUCGUCUUUCUCUGCCCCCCCCUCUUUCUCUUUCUCUACUAAUUAAUUUAUUCUCUCUAUGCGCUUUCCGCUUUCUUUCUUCCCACGCCAGUUCACCAACCCGUUCUCCUCUUUCCGUCUCCCCUUUCCCUGCUUCGAUAAAAGCCAUAGCGAGGGAACCAGUCAUAUCUAUCUAUCUAUCUAUCUAUCUAUCUAUCUAUCUAUCUAUCUAUCUAUCUGUGUGUGUCUAUAUGUGA